UUGCAUCUAACAGCGAAUUUUGGCUUGAUACCUGGCAUGAUGCUUUUUUUAGGCCCUCAAGAAGACUGUGUUGCACGACUAUCACGUUGAGAACGGUGGUAAGAUGGUUCCGUUUGCUGGCUGGUCCAUGCCCGUCCAGUACUCCAACCUCGGUGUCGGAGCCUCCCAUAACUGGACUCGUCAGAAUGCCUCCGUGUUUGAUGUCAGCCACAUGUUGGCAACCAGAAUCACGGGUAAGGACCGCGUCAAGUUCUACGAGAGCUUGACCGUUGCCGAUAUCGAGAACCUCCCCGUCGGUUCCUCGACUCUUUCGGUCUUCACGAAUGAAGAGGGAGGCAUCAUUGACGACACUAUCAUCUGCAAGCAUGAGGAUUCGCUCUAUGUCGUCUCGAACGCCGGCUGUGCCGAUAAGGAUCUGGCUCAUAUCCGCUCCCAUCUCAAGGAGUUUCAGAACAAGGGUGGGGAUGUGGACCUGAAGAUCAUUGACGACCACGCACUCGUGGCCCUUCAGGGCCCCAAGGCUGCUGCGGUCCUUGAGGAGUUGGUUGGAAAGGAUUUGAGGGAUUUCCCGUUCAUGGAUGGGCGGUUCAUGACGAUCAAGGGUAUUGAAUGCCAUGUUGCUCGCUCCGGAUACACGGGCGAGGAUGGUUUUGAGAUCUCAGUCCCUAACAGCGACGCCGUUGAGUUCACGAAGCUUCUCAUCGCAGAUCCUCGCGUCGAACUUGCAGGUCUGGGUGCUCGUGACAGCUUGCGUCUCGAGGCUGGCUUGUGCCUCUAUGGCCACGAUCUGGACGAGACCAUCACUCCAGUCGAGGCCGGUCUGACCUGGACCAUCGGCAAACGCCGCCGUGCCGAGGGCGGCUUCUUGGGUGCGGCCAAGAUCCUGGAUCAGCUCAAGAACGGCGUUAGCAAACGUCGUAUCGGACUCGUCGUCCAGGGCGCGCCCGCUCGUGAGGGUGCUCAGAUUCUCAAUGCUGAGGGAGAGUUGGUCGGCAAGAUCACGUCUGGUUGCCCAUCGCCCUCGACGAAGAAGAACGUGGCGAUGGGAUAUGUGAAGAAUGGGCUCCACAAGUCCGGAACGGAGCUUCAGGUUGAGGUCCGUGGACGCAAGCAGAAGGCCACGGUCACGAAGAUGCCGUUCGUCCCUGCCGGCUACCACAAGGUUUAAAAAGCAUCCUUUUGAACUGUGAGCCAUGGGCAUGGCACUUACGAAUACCACUUUUUUUUUCUUUUUUUCCUUCACACCGCAACGCUUGUACAUUCAUCUUUCACUUCAUUCACUCUGCAGUCAUCUCAUAGACAGA